CAUUAAACUCCCCAAAUGGCCCAAAGACCGGAUCCAAAAACCCUACUUAAGUAUGUAUACCUCUCAAACUUCCGAGCCCCUUGGCUGAUCGCCGGCGGGGAUAGAAAACAGUAGAGAAGACGUCAACAAUGGUGUCCGGUUCGGGAAUAUGCACCCGGCGGGUGGUGGUGGACGCGAGGCACCACAUGCUGGGGCGGCUGGCGUCGAUCCUGGCCAAAGAGCUGUUGAACGGCGUGAGAGUUGUGGUGACGAGAUGCGAGGAGAUCUGUCUCUCCGGCGGCCUUGUCCGUCAGAAAAUGAAGUACCACCGCUUUCUGCGCAAGCGCAUGAACACUAAGCCUUCUCACGGCCCAAUCCACCACCGUGCUCCUUCUAAGAUCCUCUGGCGUACCAUCCGAGGGAUGAUUCCACAUAAAACUAAGCGUGGUGCUGCUUCUCUUGGUCGAUUGAAAGUGUUUGAAGGGGUGCCUCCACCCUAUGAUAAGAUGAAGAGGAUGGUUAUUCCUGAUGCUCUCAAGGUUUUGAGGCUCCAACCUGGGCAUAAGUACUGCUUAUUGGGAAAACUCUCCUCUGAGGUUGGAUGGAGCCACUAUGAUACCAUCAAGGCUCUAGAGAAUAAGAGGAAGGAGAGAGCACAAGCUUCAUAUGAGAGGAAGAAGCAGUUGAUAAAAUUGAGGCUCAAAGCAGAAAAGGCUGCAGAGGAGAAACUUGGUUCUCAACUUGAGAUUCUUUCCGCAGUCAAGUACUGAAUUCGUACAUUGACUUAAAAAAGGGUUUGUUAUAAUGGAUGUAUUGCCAUACAUACUUCAAGGGUAGUACUGCUAGCAUGAGAAGUCCCAUUUUUGAUUUUGUGCUUUUAAAUAUUGCUUCAAUAUAGGAUUUGUUGGCAUCACUAGCUUAGUUACAUGGCUGCGAU